CACGACAGUUUCCUAGCUAGUACGACUCUUAAAACAUGGGAUACAACCUUCUAGAAGCUUUGAACGUCCAGAUUGUUGGCUCCGGCGACCGGUACCUAGUCCUUGCCCACGGUUUGGGCACCGACCAAUCGGUAUGGCAACGAAUUCUCCCACUUUUUACACCUUCGUAUCGUAUAAUUCUAUACGACCUCGUUUGUGCCGGCAGUGUCAACCCCGAUUACUUCGAUUUCACUCGGUACACCACUCUCGAUCCCUACGUCGAUGAUUUGCUCAAUAUUCUCAAAUCUCUCGGCGUUGACAGUUGCGCUUACGUCGGCCACUCUGUCUCCGCCAUGAUCGGUAUCUUGGCUUCCAUCCGCCGCCCUCAACUCUUCUCCAAACUCAUCCUCAUCGGCGCUUCCCCCAGGUUUCUUAAUGACGAGGAUUACCACGGGGGUUUCGAGCAAGGUGAGAUUGAGAAGGUAUUUUCAGCAAUGGAAGCGAAUUAUGAAGCUUGGGUGAACGGGUUUGCCCCACUAGCGGUGGGGGCAGAUGUGCCGACAGCGGUUCGGGAGUUCAGCCGGACUCUCUUCAACAUGAGACCGGACAUAUCGUUGUUCGUUUCCAGGACGGUGUUCAACAGUGAUCUGAGGGGGGUACUUGGGCUGGUGAGGGUACCGUGUUGCGUUAUCCAGACAGCCAGAGAUGUGUCUGUUCCGGCUUCGGUGGCGGAGUAUUUAAGGAGCCAUCUAGGCGGACGAACGACGGUGGAGAUUUUGAGAACGGAAGGCCAUUUGCCCCAUUUGACCGUUCCAGCGUUGCUGUCCCAAGUGCUCAGGAGGGCCCUCUCUCGGUGAGUUUCUACUACUAGAGGGUGGGUCCAUUGAGAAAUUUGACAAGUGAAUGGGGACGUCGACACGUAUGGAAUAAUUUUUGGACGAUAGAUUGGGUUAUUUU